CUUUUUCGCUCACUCGUGACCAUAUCCCUGCUUUUUGUGUGUCAUCUAUGCUUGGGUGAACUUCCUAAUUUUUCCUACGGUCUUACUGAUUCUUUCGUCUCUGCGAAUCACGACUGUUCGUUUGUUGCCGGACAUCGGCUUUUCCCCUCAUUUGCCUGCCCGUCCCUCCACAUAUUUUCCACCCCUUCAAGUCUCCAACUGCCGAUAUAAAUUGCUCAAGCAGAAACCUGAUACAAUUCGUCAAAUAAGUGGUCACCGUCUUCGCAAGCCUCCACUUUUCCGUCCCCCCAUCUCCGUCGGCUGCCGUGUUCGGAUCAGAUGGUGGUGCCUUCGGACGAGCACCCCGGAGAAGCGCGUGUGUUUGUUUCACAUGUUGCUGGAGCGCGUGAGAAGGCGUUUUGAAUUCAACACGAAAACGUAUACUCGACGAUGGGUGACAACAACAUGCUUCGCACUUCGAGGGCCAGCAGCGGGUCGGCGAUUCGCCUCGCUUUGAGUUGUCCUCUCUUACCGCGGGCUGGCGUAUGCGCAGUCCGGGUCUGAGGCUCUCGUGUUUCCGAUAAGCUUAGUUUUUUUUUUCGGGGCGUCCGUGUUUGCCACGAACGGGGCAGGGGAAAUUGGCUGCGAGAUGGCAUGGGAGAGACUCAGUUUUUCUGUGCAAGCUUUGCUUCAGACGCGUCAACUGCACGCAGUUCAACACAGAACGCCCCCCUCUCUACGUCAACAGAAUGGCAAGAAAUCACCAGGCUGGUGUUGCUGUAAAGGAAGCCUUAUCUUGUCUCUGUUCACUUGUCUUGUCUUCUGUCUCUCCUUGCUCAUCUAAGGUCCUCUCCUACUGCGCACUCCCUCCGUGUCGCUCCCUAUGCGGGAUUUCGUUUUCCCUCUUGACAGUCUGUGCGUUUUCUCAGUCAACGAACGGUUUUCUUGGCUCGUCUGCUUGUCCCUUUUCCAGAGCUCGUCGCAGUUGCGGGGAGACGUUCAUCAUCCUCGUUUCUCUGUGGCUCUUGUUCGCGUUUUUUUCCUCGCGCAGUCGCCCCUUUCCAGUCUCCUCCCAGGCCAGAGGCUUGCUGUCUCUCGGUCCCGCUGGCGACCUGACGCCUCUCCCUCGACUUCUCACACUCGGCUGUCCCCUUGCUGAGCGUUUGUCUUCCAUGUGAUAUCGUUUCUCAGGUGCUUGCUUUGCGACUCUGGCGUCCAGUUGCACGCUCGAAAGUUCUCGACUUUGGCUGCGAUUCGAUCUUGUGUGUCAAUUUUUUCCGAUCCCUCUGCUCGCCUAGCCUCGCUCCCUUCCGAGGACUCAGCGCCUCCUUCGAAUCGUUUUCCCGCGUCUCUGUCAAGUGCCCUUCAUUCUCAAACUUUAGGGGUUCUGACCUCGUUUUCCGUCCCCGCUAGAUUUCUCCUGGAACCGCCUCCGGACUUUUUCCCCGGCACACACAGAGCUGUUUGCCGCCCCUCGCCGCUCGCACGCGCCCCUGCGCCCCUGCGCUGGUCGCCUCGCGAGACCAGUCUUCGCGUCUUCCCGGCUUUGAAACUCCGGCCGCUGUCUCCACCUUGAGUUCGCAAGGCCGCGUCUCGCAUCUCUUCUCGCAGCUUCCAGGAGUCUCCACACCCGCCCUUUCGUCUCGGUUCUGUCCGUCCUCUUCCACUCAGAAGCAUCUACAGCGACUGUGGCCUAGCUCCUGUUACGCGGGUGUCUCGGGAGCAUGCGAGCGACGCGCAAGGGGCGAGGCGCCCGAGAAGACCCGAGCCGCCACCUUGGCAACUCGCCCUCGUCUCCGAGUUUGGUCUCGCCGACUGCGGCGAACGAAGAUGGAUCUGGCAAGGCAUGUUCGGGCGCCAAGAAGAAGGUUGCCCCGGCUGCCCCGGCUGCCUCGGCUGCCCCGGCUGCCUCGGCUGGCGCAGUCCCGAAGGGCCGGCGGGGCAGCGCCGAGGAGGCCGGAUCCCCUGGAGGGCCUCGCGACGGGGACAGCAAGUGCGAGAGCAAGGGCGGGGGAGCGAAGAGUGGUGCAAAGAGAAGCAGCAGCAUGAGUGCUCGCGAAGAGGCCGUAGGGUCUGCUUCUUCGUCGCGGAGAUCUGCGAGCGGGGAGAGGCGCGGCGGCGCGAGGAAAGGCGCGAAAACGGAGGAGAAGAGACCCGAGAAGAAGAAGGAGGAGGUCCGGAGCCAGCCGACGGGCGGCAAGGGCGAGAAGGGUGCACAGCGAGAAGAGGAGAACCGGGGGGACGACAAGGCCGCCAAGGACCGGAAGAAGAAGAAAGGCCCGAAUGAGACGGGCAGCCGCAAGAGAGCCAGCUCCACCUCCGACGUCUCCGCGAUGAAGAGUGAAGAAGAUGCCCAUCGCACGACUUCUGAGGACGAAAGCUCGCCGAAGAAAGCGCGCCCGGGUCGUGGGAGUGUCGCGACACCUGCGAGUCAGCGAACGGAGUCGAAGCGAUCUCGAGGAAGGGAGGAACCUGCAGAGACUGCCUCGCGACCUGCGAGCAGCAACGUCGCCUGGGGAGCCGCUGGCUCAUCGCGGGGCACACCCGUCGGCGUAGAAGAAGAACGCGAAGAAGCGGAAACUUGUCCACUCUGUUUAGAAGACAUGGACGAAACAGAUCGCGGCCUCUUCCCGUGUGAAUGCGGCUACCAGCUGUGUCUCUGGUGUCUCCACCACAUUCGGGAGAGACUGGGGAACAAGUGCCCCGCGUGUCGCCGGGAGUACGACGAGAAAAAGUUCAAAUUCAAUGAGGAGCGCGUCAGCGAAGGAAAGCGGUUGGCGGCGCGUCAGCGAGGUCGCGAUAAGCAGGCCUCACAUCAGGCGCAGAACCUGCCUUUGUUGCCGUCUUCGUUUUCUUCUUUGCCUCCUCACGCAUCACACAGCGCUGCGACGCAGGCGAGUCGCACAGGCGCGUCGGGGAGCUCUUCGACUUCUGCAUGGGCGUCCCCAGGCCAUGCCUCUCUGGCGUCGCCUUCGACGUCGAGCCAAGCUUCUCACGCCGCGGCGACGGGCUCGGGGACUGGGGGCGCAGGCGCCUCCGGCGCCAAGGCCGCCUCCAGCAACGCUGAGCGCCCAGGCGUCGGAAGCCCCGCGGCCGCUGCGGCUCUGAAAGAUGUGCGCGUCAUUCAACGCAGUCUGGUCUAUGUCAUCGGCAUUCCAUCCAGUAUCGCGAAGAAAGAGAUUUUGAAACGCACAGAGUUCUUCGGACAGUACGGCAAGGUCCUCCACAUCGUCAUCAACAAAGCGCAAGGCUACAACAGCGCCUGGGGUGGACCUUCUUACGCCGUGUACGUGACGUACUCCACAGUCCCCGAAGCCAUCGCGGCGAUUCAGUCCAUCGAUGGGGCUGUCUACGAGGGGAGAACUCUCAAGGCGUCCUUUGGAACAACCAAGUAUUGCUCGUAUUUCCUCAAGGGGAUAAAAUGUCAAAAUCCUGACUGCUUCUAUCUCCACUACUUGGGCAGCGACAAAGACAGUUUCACGAAGGAAGCGAUGAUAAGCGCCAAGCACCAGUUUCUCGACUUAACGUUGCCGACAGAAGAAACGAAAAAGGGAUCGGGGGCUUCUGGAUCUGGGCCUCUCGCCUCGCGUUCAGCCUCGCCGCCGGCCUUCGGCUUCCCUUCCGUCUCGCCCACGGACGCGGCGGUCGGGGACCGGGGCGCCGUCAAGCCCUUUGGCCUUCUGUCUCCCGGCUCGGGCCCCGACGAGAAGAAGCAUGUUUUUGGAGACAAGGCGAGCAAGGAGAGCCCACGGUCUGGAGAGGGCCUUUUUCCGGCUGAAGGAUCUGGGGCGCAGCCUGAGGGUACACCGCCUUCUUCGUGUAAACGGCGCCUCAGCGUGCGGGGCGAGAAAGCCGGAAACGCGCGGUCGGGCUCCGUCACGGGCGCGGGCCCAGAGUCCGAAGCGGCGGCCGAGGCGGCGACGACGCUUGCAAAGGGACGAGCGCAAGGCGCGAUUCUGGGGGACCCGAAGGCCCGCAAAGAGACCCCGGUGGCCCCAGCGGCGCGCGCCGCGGAGAAGACGGGGACCAGCUGGGCGUCGGUCGCCGCUGGUGUGUUGAAGCUAUCGUCUUUCGCAGCGAAGGCCGGCGCCGCGCCGGCGAAUGCAAGUGGGCCAACUGCUCCCGCGAAGGGACGGAGUUCGGCGGCUGCGGCGCCGGGCGAGGCCCGACCCGAGGACGAGGAGAAGAAGGCGGAGAAGGCCGAUGGCGCACCGAAGCGGCCUGCCGGAGGCGGCGGCAAGAAGGAGGAGAAAGCAGCCAAGGAAGAGGCUGAGAGUCGGAAGACCCUACAGGCGCCGGAGAAGAAGGACGAGACCCCGGCACCGGAGAAGGGGCAGGAGGCGAGAGAGAAGACAGAGCCCGAGGAAGCGGACGCGCGGAAGAAGCCCAACGGAGAGGACAGCAAGAAAGGUCUCUUGUCUCCUCCGGGGAAGGCUCCGACCGGCGACGAGUCCGCGGACGCCCGCCCUGAUGUGAAGGCGACGCGGGCGCACGACAGAGGGCGAAGGCGAUCUACGCAGUCCGUCUCUGAGGCGCCUGGAGGCGACGCAGGGCCGGAAGAGGAGAACUCGAACGCGACCCCAGAGGUGACAGCGGCCGCAGAUGGCGCCCGAGACGUCGGUCGCCGCGCGUCGACUGGCACGGCAGCGAGCGGCAGGCAGGAGGAGAAGAGCCAGUGGGGCGAGGGGCCUUUUCUCGGCGCUUCUUUCUCGGACGCCGACGCACAGGCCCCCGGGGGCGCCGGAGCGGGCGAGGCAGGGCCGCUGCUGCGGAGCGGCGAGGUGCCGAAACGCGAAGGCGCAGCGCGAGGCAAGGGAGCGCGCGAAGGCGCCAGUGGGUGUGCGGGUCCUGGACAGGUCGCCUCCGUCUUUCAGGCGUCUUCGCACUUCCCCUCGCUGGCUGUCGCCUCGUACUCCGGAACGCGACCCCCCGCCACGGCUUCGGGCAUCCCUACCCCGCCGCCUUUGCAUGCGUCGCAUGCAUCAGGGUCGCUCCCGUUGCCGCCGUACCACCACGGGCUUUCGGAAGGGUCCUUCCCGGGGCGUUCUGGCAACAUGGCGCUGCCGUCGAGAGCGGCGGGUCCGCUGGGGCCUGGGGCGCGACCGCCUUCGGGCCCCAGCCGCGGGCCUCAGUCGGGGACCCACGCAUCGGGGUCUGUGGCGAACAGUGCAUGCACGAGUCCCGCGAUCCACAACUGCUUCCCUUCUUCGCCGUACCAGGUUUUCAACUACGGCGGGCCUUUGCCCCCUAGCGCCGCGCUUCCUUCCUCUUUUUCCGUGGGCUCGGGCGCGGGGCCUGGCGGCGCGGCCUCGGGGACCUCCUCCUUCUCCGCGUUCUCUCCGGGGAUUGUCGGGGCGCGACCCCUCGCCCACAUGUCUUCCUUCGUGUCGGCGGUCGCGGCUCAGCAGCCUCCCCUGCUCCCGCUGCCGCCGUCGGCCUAUCCUCAGGGCGCAGGGCGAGACCUGGGGUCCUCGUGGUCGCCAGUGCUGUUCUUUUCUUCUUUGACCAACAAAGGCGCGAGCCCGGAGACAGAGGCCGCGCCGAGUGCCUCCAACGCCGCGCAUGCCGGGACAUGCGGGGCUGGCGCGUCGAGCGCCGCUCCCGCCGGUGGAGGCGCCGGGACGGAGACAGCUGGGGCGCAGCCGGCAGACACGGGGCCUGGAGAAGGGCGUGGGGGCGCAAGCCUCUCCGGAGACGGGGCCUUGGACUUCGGCGCAGGAAAGGGCAGCACGGCGGGGGACCGAGGCGAGAUGGAAAGUGGAAAGACUGCGACAGGGGUGAAGGCGGCUGUCGGCGCGGCUUCCUUGCCGUUCACGGCCUUUCCACCACUGUCGUUCGCCGCCUCGUCUGGAAUGGACUCGAAGGCGGCGACGAAGGCGCGAGGAGACACUACCGCUGCGGGCCCUGCCUCGGCUGGCGCCUGUGCGUCCGGCGAGCCAUCGGACCACAGAGAGAAGGCGGCAGCAGAGCAGGGCGGAGAGGGCGAGGCGGCGCGCAGAGAGAGAGAAGACGAAGAGGAGUUCUUUGACGUCCCCGGGCUCGACGACAUCUUGGGGCAAAUGAUGCCGGGCGUCGCUUCAGGAGACAGUCUCAGCGCGGGGGAAGCGUCGCAGGCGGAGGCCUCUUUCUUCCGACCUUUCUCGUCCUUCGCGCUUCGGGGGGACGCAAACCCGUCUCACUCGCGAAUGGCCAAGUCCGGGGAUUCCGACCGCAAGCGCGAAGAUCGCGGCUCAGAUGGCGCGCCGUUCGCGACGGCCCGCUCGCAGUCCCCGGUGCCUCGUUCUUCUCUCUGUUCCCUUCUCCAGGAGCACCGCGACGAAGCGCGGCGAAAUAGCCAGUUGAACGCCUUCUUUCCGGCUGCGUUCUCUUCGUCGGUCUUCCCUGCUGGGGCGAAGGACCAGCUGCCGACCUGUGCGAACCUUGGGGACCACACCCAUGGGCGCCAGGGGUCGCUCGCGGGUCGCGUGCCCCGCGAAGGCCCCACAGACCCCGCGCGCUUCGACUCGUUUCUGGGGCUCUACGGGCGUGGAGAUGCAGGGCGAGACGCCCGCCGCGAGGACGCGAGCGACAGAGACGGGGGCUUCACAUCUUCGUCGCCGUUCUUCGCGAGCCUGCUGGCGAAGAGGGCGAAUGGAGCCGCGUUUGAGGAGCAGGGCGAGAAGGCCUUGUUCGCGCCGGCGCUGCGAGCCGCGGGGUCCGGAGACCCAGACCCGUCCGCGGUGCGCGACUCGAAGCCUGCGGGUUUCGGGGACUUGGCGAAUCUUUCCCUCGGAGAACGGCGCGCCGCGCCCUUCGCGGAGCCUCUGAAAGGACGAGACCUGUCGAGCGGCGCCAAGCUUUCCGGAGCAGAGAGGGAGAGAGAAUGUGCAGGGCUCGAAAACCAGACAGUCCCGGAGGAAGGCAGACCUCCCAUUCUUUUUCCACGAGGGCGAAAAGAGGAGAAGGCCUUAACAGCGACCGCGUUUGGAGAGGGCGAGUCAGGCGCGCGGGGCGCUGACCUUAGAGGCCCCUCUGCUUCGAGCUCGGGCUCCUCGGGAUCUCUCUUUUCUCCAGAUCCGAGCAAGAACGAAGGGUCUGUUUUCCGACCAUUCAGCGCGUCCUUGGUCGCGGGGCCGCGCACCGGAGGCUCCUCGUUCCUGUCUUCUCUGAACAGAGGCGAGACGCGAGGAGAGUCCCUGGCGUCCUCGCUUUCUUUUCUGUCGCGCGUCUCUCAGCGCGAAAGGUACACCUACGUCCCGACUGCGACGCCGUUUGCGCGCGGGAGCUACGCGCCCGACGGGGACUCUGAGAUGACGUUCGGACCCGGCGUUGGCGUGUCUCCACCGUUGGGGGACUCGGGGGCCUCGGUACCCCUGCAUGGUUCGCAUAUUGGCCGAGAAAGAGACACACGGGGCAUGGGUGAGAGGCUGAGGGAGGACGAGGGGAGCGCUUUCGCUGCGCUCGGCCACCACGACCCGAAACGCCGCGCACCCCAGGACGACCGAGAAGCCGACGGGCGCCUUCCGAGGCCGGGACAGGCCCCCGGUGCCUCAGGUGGAGGGUACAGCGGACACCAGCUGCUUUUGCACCUCCAGCAGCAGCACGCAAAGAUUUUGCAGGCGCGGCGGUCGGCUGCUGGUCUGGGCCAGGAGUCUCUCGAGGCUGUUGGGGUCUCGAGGCCCGUCGAGAGGCGGAGAGAGGAUGAGCGAGAAGAGGGGGCGCGGGGCCUGCACAAGGCGCAGCCGUCGUCGUUCUUCCCCAAGCUCAGCGAACAAUGGGCGGGUCGCGGGGAAGGCGACGGCGCAAGGGCGCAUGCAACGUGUUUGGACAGACGCGAGGAGACCCUUCCAGUGCUCGGAGAAAGGCCUCAGAGAGGCCCCACGGAGACAAGCUCGGACACGCGGCGGGCGACUGCGGGCCGAGAAGGGACAGGUUUUGUGGCGCAGUUGGGGGGCGAGGGUUCGGAGGCGAACCCACGGCUGGUGCCUGGCGCCGGGGCGGCGUCCAAUCCGAGGGCGAAGGCAAACAACGUGGAGAACAACAGCGCCCUCGCCUUUCUCCUGUCGCUUCUGCCGAACGCAAAUGUGAGCAUCGUGGGGCCAGACGGCUCUUCCUCUUCCACCUUCUCUGCGAGAAGUCGAAACAGCUCUCUCGCGACUUCCGCUGUCCCGUCGGCUCCCCAACGCAGCCCUCCGUUCGCCUCGCUCUCCUCGGUUGAAGCUCGAGAGGCCCACGAGGGAGAGAAACCUUCGAGUGGGGCCUCAAGCGUGGCUUCAAGCGGGGCUUCUGUCGGCCUUUCGGCGCCUGGGGCGGGAGUCCUUGGAGCGGACCCUGGGGCGUUGGGGGGGUCUCGUCGCGUUAGCGAAGGGGGUGUCGAGCGGACUGAGAUGGAGGGUUUGAAGGACGAGAAAGAGAGGACUAAGGAGGAAAGUGCGAAUGCGUCCUUACCCCUGUCGCCCUCCGCCUUUCCGCCUUUGUCCACGAGCCAAGCCUGUCAUAAACGAGCAAGUGUGGGGAAUCUCGGAAGCGCAGCCAGUGGGGUGCGAAUGGGGGCUGUGGCGACGAAGGCAGGAGAGUCGUCGACUUCGGGACCGGUGCGGGCCUCAGGAGACUCCGCUGCUUUGCGUAGACCUGCGUCAGGAGGUGGCUCGUACCCUUCCUCGCUCGGUGCGGGGAAGCGUCCUGGUCUGCUGCCAGCGGGGCGCAGCCAAGCGUCGGGCGCUGCGGAGAAGCCGUCGGUUUUCUCUGCAUUCUCCUCCUUUUCUUCAGGCUCCUCCUUCUCUUCGUCCUUCUCCAUGCCUUCCGCCUUCUCGCCCUUCGGCGCCGGCCCCUCGCCCCACACCUUCGGUGCGCGGGACGAGGCUUCGAAAGGAGAAAAAAAGGGAGACAAGGGCCGCGAGAAGGCCCUGUCUGCGACGCACUCGGCGGAGGAAGAGAAGGAGAAAGGGGACAAGGGCGCGGGCGAACGGCCUGGAAGCCGAAGGUCGUCGGGCCUCGGCGUUCCCGACCGCGAGAAGAAGAGAGAGAAAGCCAGAGGCGAGGAGCGACAAGAGGGCGAGCAGAGGGAGCGAGAGAGCGAAGGAGGAGAUACGGCGGAGGGGAAGAAAGACGCGAAGGAAGAGGAGGAGAAACGACGAGAAAACAGUCCAGGAAGUCAUCGAAAGAAAAAGGAAGACCGACGCUUCUCGGAAGGAAGCAAAAAUGGAGCCUUGGCGCACACCAACCGGUCAGGCCCGAAGGAUGGGCGACAGAGGGCGAGGCAUCGGUAACUGCCGCCCGUGGGCAGAAGACAAAGGAGGCGAGAUCGUCAAGACAGGAGAGAGACGCUGUGGUGGAGGAGAGAGGAAGAGACGAAAUACGAGAGAAACGAAAAGACCGAAGCUAACAAGUGCGAAAAAAGAGAGUGGAAAACGAAAACGAGGGGGACAGUGCGUGGAGAUGAAGAAAGCGUUAAUCGGCAGAGACCAGUUCGCGUCGAAAUUGAGGUUCUUGUGUAGAUGCCCGGACAACCUGAUUUUCAUGUUUUUGCUGUGGAGUUGUGCUCGAGUUUUUUCUGUGUUUCGCCACUUUCCGCAAACCGUCUUGACCUGUUUCUCACAUGAAUCGCGCGUUUGUCGAGUUUCUCAAAUCUGACUCUUCCUGUUCUGUCUUUUGUCCCUCGGUUUUCUCCCGUUUUUCUCGUUUGUCUCUCUUCCCCCUGUCGUUUCUUUUCCUUUUUUUCCUCUUUCCUCUUUUCUGUUUGCCACUCAGGGAGACUUGCUCGAACGGCUGCAUUUGUGGCGGCGUCUCUGUCUGCCUCUCUUCUCGUCUCCUUUCUUUGUGCGGGCAAAUGCGCCUCAGAUCUGUGAUUCGUGAGUCUUUCGGUCUCUGGUUCGUCUGCAGGUUUCUGUCACGUAUACUCUGUAUCCUCUUCCUCUUUAUCUCUCUGUCGUCUUUUGCUCCUCGAGUUUUCGUUUCGGUGUUUCAUUCUUUGUUUCCUGUCCGUGUGCCUCGCUGCGCUCUCAUGUUCGCUUUUGCUGUGCCGUGGUUCCCCCCUUUCAUCGCCGGAGACGCGACCCCUCCGAGUAGCCUCUAAAUCGGUUAACUUACGGUCGUCACACUGCGACAACGCGUUCGUACUUUGGAGUCCCGGUGACGACGCAGAGUCCCUCUCUCAAGGACGCCUUUCACCUCCCCAGCUGCACUCUCGC